AAGAAAGCACAGAUGGUCGCCUUUCCCUAUGGACGAAUGAGCUUCAAAACACUAUGUGUGUAGCCUAAUUUUUAUUCAUACUUGACUGUGCGCUUUUAUAUUUCGCCUGUUUUAAUAAGAAACGCCACAAACCGGGGAAUGAACCAUUUAUUGUGUUUAGAAUAUGUGCAAUUAAAAGCGGCUACGAUGCUAAUUUAGCUUUCCUAACGGAGAGAAAUACACUUUACUAAAGCUGCUGUUAUAUUAGCGGUUAUAAAGCAGCCUGUUAAAGGAACAGACCAUGUCUUAAAAACUGAUAUGUGUAAUAUUUAUCUUAAAUAAGUGAGAAAUAUUAUAAGCUAGCCAUUGUUUGCAGCCGCAGCGCUAGUUUUAUUGAUUGGCUGACUGGAAAGAUCGCGAAGCAGCAGAGAGGAGAGAAAAGAUGGAUGAAAGUGGCGAGAAUGUUGACAACGACGACAUUGUUAUUAUCGUGGAAAACGAGGCGGAAAGUUUGCCGGCAGGAGAAGAGAGGCUGAAGCAGCAAGGCACCUUCGGGCUCAUGGACACUUGUCCCAUCUGCAAGUUGAGCUUCCACAACAGGGAGCCCAAGCUGCUGCCGUGUCUCCACUCCUUCUGCAAGAGGUGUCUGCCUGCCCCCUUCAGGAGCGCCGACCCGAGGCGGGACUCGCAGGGUCAAGUUGACAGCAACAAACCAUUAGGUGCUAUUCGAUGUCCAGUAUGCAGACAGGAAUGCUGGGAGAUGGACGUGUUGGACAAUUUCUUUGUCAAGGACUCCGCUGAGGUGCCGAGCAGCACUGUGGAGAAAACCAGCCAGGUGUGCAUGAGCUGUGACGACAACACGGAGGCGACGGGCUACUGUGUGGAGUGUGUGGAGUUCCUGUGCGUGACGUGCAUCGAGGCGCACCAAAGGGUCAAGUUCACCAGAGACCACACCAUACGUCAGAAGGAGGAGAUGUCGCCAGAAGCGUUAGGAAUAUCCACGCAGAAGCCCGUCUUUUGUGACAUCCACAAGCAGGAGCCACUGAAGCUGUUCUGCGAGACGUGCGACCGACUCACCUGUCGAGACUGUCAGCUCCUUAAACACAAGGAUCACAACUACCAGUUUUUGGAGGAUGCUUACAGAAAUCAUCGGCAAUAUCUGGAGAACAUGACGCAGCAGCUGCAAGAGAAAAGAAAGGCCAUCGAGGACGUAUCCAACUGCAUCAACACUGGACUGCAGCAAGUUGAAGAAAAUCGAAAGGCUGUAACCAAUGAAAUAAAGAAGUCCAUCUGCAACUUGAUCAUGGAGAUCAACAGGAAGGGAAAGAUUCUCGUUAAUCAGCUCGAGGCUUUAACGAAGGACCAUGAAAUGGGUUUAAAAAAGCAGCAGGAGGACGUCAACUCUCUGAGCAGGCACCUAGAUCACGUCAUCAGCUUCACCAAAUGGGCCACAGCCAGCCACAGUGGAACAGCUCUCCUGUACUGCAAGAGACUGAUCCUGUACCAGAUCCAUUACCUGAUGAGAGCGAGCUGCAACCCCUCCAUCGUCCCUCAGAGCUCUGUUCGCUUCCAGUGUCGUUCUGGGUUUUGGGCCACAAACGUCGACCUCGGCUCUCUGGUGGUAGAAAGAGGUCCAGGGAGGCCGCCCAUCACCAAUCACCAGGCUGGUCCCAGAGCAGAAGCACCUCCAGGAGCUCUCUCAGUCUCGGCACAGCAGCGACAAAGCACGCUGGCUCAGCUCCAGAUGCAGGUUGACAAGCUUUCCCAGCAGCCCCACAGGCAGCCUCCUCCCAACCACUGGUCCUGGUACCAAAACGUCCGACUCCCAGGACCUCCCGGCCCUCCGCCCCCAACCAGACCCAUCCACGGAGGCUCCUCACCCUCACAAGGCCCCCCCAACUUGGCACAGCCGGGACGCAGAUACGUGAGCUCCCACCCCAACCCAAGAAGCCCCACGUCGUCCAUGCUUCACAACACGGGCUUCCAGGCUGCACAGUCUCUGAGAGAUCUGAUCAACAGCUCCGGCUUCCCUCCUAAACCCAUGGAUGUGUCGCAGGGUCCGUCCCGCUACCCUCAGCCUCUGACUGCUGGAGCAGCCACACAGACGUCACUACAUCAGAGAUGCCUGCCAGAGUCGACCUUCCUGAAGAGAAGUGAAGCUAGCGGACCUCUGCCCUCCAUCACCAUCUCUGUCCCCAAACCGGGCUUCGCGCCGAGUCUGGCCCCUGGAGCCGCAGACAAACCAAGCACUCUCAACCAUGCAACAGUUCAAGGAAGACAGAACUCCCCGAUGGCCAAACCGUCGUCUUCAGACAGAAGCACGGGGAUGACAUCUUGGAAGCAGGCUUCAGAGCCGCCAUCAGCCCCCACAGCUAAAAGAAGAAGGAGGUCGUCCCCGGGACCCGUUAUCGUCAUCAAGGACGAACCGGAGGACGAGGAUGAAGUUCGUUUUGUGCAGUCCAGCGUCGGGUCCAGCCUUCCCGACAGCAGCACUGGGACUCAAUCGAAGCCCCGGCAGCAGCAGAAGGGACCCGCACCAGCUCCAGCUCCGACAUCGGACUCCAAAGACCAGCGUCCUCAGCCGCCAUCGCAGCCAGAGUCUGAAAAGAGGGCAGAGCCAGAAGACGAUCCUAACGAGGACUGGUGCGCCGUCUGUCAGAACGGAGGGGAGCUGCUCUGCUGCGACAAGUGUCCCAAAGUUUUCCACCUGGCCUGCCACAUCCCCACUCUGAACGAGUCCCCCAGUGGCGAGUGGUUCUGUUCGUUCUGCCGAGACCUCGUCUCUCCUGAGAUGCAGUACGACUGCGACAGCAAAGACGCUCCGGUCUCUGAAAAGUUCUCGCCUGUUGACAGACGGACGUGUGAGAGGCUGCUUCUACGUCUGUUCUGUAAUGACUUCAGCACUGACUUCCAGGGGCCUGCUUCUCCAUCAGAGACAAGAAGGUACAAAGAGCUAAUAAAGACGCCGAUGGAUUUGUCGAUAGUGAAGAAGAAGCUGGAGUCAAAGUCAAAGGAGGGGGAAUGCUAUGACAGUCCCGAGAGCUUCGUCACAGAUGUCAGGCUCAUUUUUUUCAACUGUGCAAAGUACUACAAGGCGACCUCGGAGGUUGGCAGCGCCGGCUUGUACCUGGAAGACUAUUUUGAGGAGCAGCUGAAGCUCCUCUACCCAGACAAGGUGUUCCCCGGAGGCAGGGAAGAACAGAUGAUUCCUCCUCUAGAGGACGAGAUAGACGAAGAGGAGGAAGAGAUGAUGGAGGAAGGUCUGGCUCCCGUGGAAGACGAGAAGCCACAAAGUCCAGCGGGAGAAGGAAUCCCUCCGGUGGAAGAGGACUUGGCUCCUCUGGAAGAAGCCACGGCACCGGCAGAGGAGGCAAAAACGGAAACAGAGCAGACUGAAACGAAUGAAAAGGAGACGGUUAAAGCGGAUGCAGAUGGAGGUAAUCCUCCUGCAAAGGAGGAAGUAAAGCAGGACGAGAUCUCUCCUCCUAAACAGGUGGAAAGCUGCCCAGCUGCUGAAACAAAAGACGGGGUGGCUUCAAGCGAAACAAAAGACGGUAAAACCUGCAGCUCACCGAAAAAGGAGAAUCCUCAGCUGCCUACAGAAAAGACUGCAGAUCCGCCUGAAACUCAGGAGGAGAAAUCAGCUCCUGCAGACUCGGCCAAAGAGGAGGAGGGAUAGAUGGAUGAAAACAGAGCGGAAGAGAAACUGUAGAAAAGAUCUCAGUCUUCCACAGAAGUGGCCCCAGUGGGGACCGACAUUUGCUGCAAUCAGAUCAUUUUUGUACUGUUAUUUGCAAUAGGAAAAAAAAAACUAGGGUUCCUGCUGGAGUGAGUAGUCGUGGUUUUUGCUGUAGAUGCACAACGAAGGGAGUAAAUAAGCUCUUUAUGUGUUUUUGCUGAGAAGAGGUUGUACUGUUAUUAUAACAUAAAUAAGGUUAUUUUCUUUGAUGAUGACACUGAGAAGCACACAGAAGAUAUCCUUUGCUGUUAUCAUCAAUUAUCUUGCUUAUCUCUUGUAUAUAAUAAUCCUGCAAAUUGAAAGCACAAAUGCUGCAGUCAAAAUAAGAACUUUGGAUUAGAAAUGCAUGCAAGAUGUCUUAAUAUAAAUAACAAUGCCUCCAAAUUUGUGUUAUCAUGUUUUUUGCCCACUUGUCCUAGCCGUUUGGCUCAUAGAGAGAGAUUAUGUUUUAUUGCAAUAGUAUUAUUUUUUAUUGUUUUAGACUGUCAUUAAUGCUUUGUAGUUGACAGAUAUGGCCGCUGUAGUUUCUGUACAGGAGGAACAUAUAUACGAGUGCAACUUAAACAAUCCCUUGGAAAAAAAACAAAACGGACAUUCGAAACUGGAUGUUUGCCUCUAUUCUGUGUCGCCAGAAUCCCAACACUGUUUUAUCACGGAGCAGCCUUGUUGUUUCUAUCAAGAGAGCAACUCUUCAGAUUUUAUUGACUCUUACUGUUAUCAGUCGCAGAUAAUUCAGAGACUCGAUAAUCGCUUUCUCGUCAGCCUCUGUUUUCCAAAGCGUGUCUUUGCUCCUCUGCGUCAUAAUCGCGUGGUGAAAACUUCAUUGUUCUCACCGAAGUAUUGAGAAAGGCAAGAAAUCAGAUAAAUUGUUGACAUCAGCUCUCUUAAGAUGUAAAGAACUGACACCACAGACAUCGAUAUUUUCUCCCAUGUUGUCACUUUAAUACUAAUCGAGAACAAAACCUGUACAUUUACUCUAGAAUUACUCUCUACGGUGGUGAGCAGAAAAAAUACCUGAAUUUACAAUAUUUGUAAUAAACAGGAUUACAUGUAAACGUGA